AUGGACGCCCCAAUGAUUGAACUCAAGUCUGCAUUGGCCUCACUGUUCCAAUGUGGCCAAUACUCAGAUCUGACCAUCGUUUGUGGAGCCAAAAGAUACCAAGUACACCGUAUACUUCUCGCAACCAGAUCGACCUUUUUCGAGGGCGCAUGUCGAGGCGGCUUCAGAGAGGCAGAGAGUGGAGUCAUUGACCUGAGCGAAGAUGACGCGGAGGCUGUGGAACACAUGAUCCACUACUUCUAUCACAUGGACUACCUAAGCAAAAAACCACUUUCGCGCCGCUCUUCACAACGAUCAAAUCGACCAACAUCCCUAGGGCAAAGGCAAACACCAUCACGGAAAUUCAUUCUCGACCCUAGCGAAGACCCGUUAUUAGCCCUUGUAGCCGCUGCUGCACCAUUGACCCCUCCACCGAACGAGCCAACAUUCCAGAAUGUUGAUGCAUCCGCUAAGCUUGCCGCCACCCCGAUGGUCGACCAACUUCUUGAAGACGACGAUCUUGAGAGCGUAGAAUUCGAGCCAGAGUCGGAAAUUCAGUCUGCACAUCUCGUCGCACAUGCCAAAGUGUACGCAAUCGCUGAGAAAUAUGGCAUCGCUGGCCUGAAAGCGCUUGCACGCAGCAAGUUUGUCGAUCAGAUCGACUUGCAUCUCGCUAGUCCCGAGUUUCCAGAGGCAUGCCAAGAGGCAUACGAAUCCACUUUCCACUCAGACCGCGGCCUACGAGACGUUAUCAUUCAGGCCUUCCGUGCAAACCCCAGCCUCUCGCUACGUCCUGACGUUGAGAUGAUGGUACGAGAAACGCCAGGGCUUGCAUUUGAACUCUUUCGAAUGGCUAGUGGCCUCCCCGUUUCCUCGUGA